AUGCGUGCCAUUGAGAACGCGGAUGUGUCCACCCUCCCUCUGUAUGCUGUGGCCGUCAGACGCGGUAAUCUGGCGUCCCCCGGCGCAACCGAUGCAAAGAAACAACAUAAUCAUAGCCUUUUCUGCAGCCGCGAGUAUGUCCACUAUGCUGAGGCGCAGUCCCCGCUCCCCACCCCCUCGAUCUCGGUGGCGGCCCCCGCUGACGAGAUGCGCGGGCAACCGGCUGCCCGGGAGGAGCUGAUUGACGCGGAUCGGGACUUGGGACGUCCUGGGCUUGAAUUUAUGCGCCAACAAUGGCGAAUAGCACGCCUCACGACAACUGGCGCCCAUGUGGCCGGUCCGUUGCGGUUCUCCUUGUCCGUUGGAACUCUCUUCUGUGGAGCCAAUCGAGCUGCCUAG